AUGUCUUCCUCCAAGCCUCUCCACACUUACCACCGUCGCUCCAAAUCAAAAUCCACUGACAGGGUGGAUUUCAAUCCGUCAAUUCCUAGGGUUCCUCGAACCCGUUCUUCUUCCUCUGUUCCUGUUAGAGAUUCUUCUCCUUUUGUGUCUAAUGAGGCUGCCUCCUUCUUUAAUGAGGUUGUCUCAAAGAGAAAAUUCAUUCCUGAGAGGUAUUACCAGUUUGAUGCUGUUCCCUUGGCGGCUCAAGAGUCUGCAAAUCAGAUUUUGGAGCACUACCACCUUCAAGCCCUAAAUUCUCUCUCUAGUAAGUUUAACAUUCCUGUUGUUCAAGAAUUUUACUCUAACUUUUCUGCUGACCCUAAGGAUUCAAAAGUAUCAGAUUUUGGUUAG